AUUUGUAGUGUGUUUGGAUUCAAAACGUUUAUUAAAGCAGAGGAAAGCGUACAGUCAGUCCACUCAGUUCAAAUACGAAGUGUAAAGACAAUUUCAGCAUAAGCAUCCAAACAAUGGCGAGCUCCGUAUACAACGCCAUCUGCUCUUCGCUGCCGCUCCAGCAUUCCUUCCGAAAAUGGACGCCGCCGUCUGCAAAACCAAUCUCAAGCCCUCACAUUUUCGGCAAACCAAAACCCAUUGCCGUCAUUUCCAAGAAUAACGAAGUUGGCUCCGUGGUUUCUGAUCCCCUGGCCGGCGGCCGGCUCUAUCUGGGCAUGGAUUUUGGCACUUCCGGCGCUCGUUACGCCCUGAUUGACGACGACGGGAAUCUUCUUUCCGAAGGGAAGAGGGAUUACCCUUUGUAUUUGAGAGAGGAAGAUAAAGCAGUGGAUUGGCUACGAGGUUGGAAAGAAGCUCUCUUCUUACUUCUAGGGGAUGUGCCUGUGGGUCUUCGCCCGUAUGUUGCUUCAAUUUCUGUUGAUGGGACUUCUGGAACCAUCUUCAUCUUAGACAGCACUACUGGGGAGCCAUUAUCUAAAGCAUACCUCUAUAAUGAGAGUUAUGCCGAUGUUUUGCCGGAGGUGAAGUCUAUUGCUCCUGAAAACCACUGUGUCCUCGCCGAUUCUUCUGCUCUUUGCAAGCUCCUUUCAUGGUGGAACUCUUACGAGUUUAGCAAGAAGUCUGCACUGGUGUUGCAUCAUGCUGACUGGGUGUCAUAUUUCCUACAUGGCAAGCUGGGAAUUACGGACUACAAUAAUGCAUUGAAGCUUGGCUAUGAUCCAGAAGCUGAAUGCUACCCGCGAUGGCUGCUUUCUCAACCAUUUUCUCAUGUUUUGCCUGCUGUUCAAGCGCCUGGAAAAUCAAUCGAUUUUAUAAAGGAGGACAUGAGAAGACUUUAUGGAUUCCCGCAAGAUUGUGUUGUGUGCACUGGGACUACGGAUAGCGUAGCGGCAGUCAUAGCAACACGUGCUUCCCAACCUGGAAAAGCGGUUACAUCUUUGGGUUCAACUGUAGCUUUAAAACUACUAAGUACUAAAAAGGUGGAAGAUGUUCGGUUUGGAGUGUAUAGCCACCGGCUCGGUGAUAAAUGGCUCGUCGGAGGGGCUUCCAACACCGGCGGAGCUGUUCUACGGCAUCUCUUCAGUGACGAGGAGCUUUAUAAAUUGAGUGAGCGGAUCAAUCCCCUUGUGCCCUCCCCUCUUGAUUACUAUCCCUUGAAAGUACCCGGUGAAAGAUUCCCCUUGGCAGAUCCAACAAAAGAGCCUAGGAUGCACCCGCGGCCGGAAGAUGACGUGGAAUACUUGUAUGGUAUUCUUGAAUCGAUGGCUCGUAUUGAGGCAAAGGGGUACAGUUUGCUAAAGAGUCUUGGGGCAGCCCCGGUUGAGGAAAUACUGACAUCUGGAGGCGGGUCAAGGAAUGAAAUAUGGACAAAGAUCCGAGCGAGGGUCCUGGGUAUACCGGUACGCUGCGCAGAUCAAACUGAAGCUGCCUAUGGAGCCGCAUUGCUAGCACUAAAAGGUGCCUGUCAAAACAAGGUUCUUCUAACUCCGUAUUAAUAAGGCUAUGUCUUAUAAUUCUAGGCAAUCAAGUUGUGUUCAAAACUGCAAAAAUAAAAGGAAAAAAACGUGUGAUGUUUACG